AUGGCUCACCUAAUUCGACACAAGCUGAGCAACAAGCUGACCAAUGCGGCCCACACGGUGUCCAACAAAUCUCAGGCCAAGGUCAGUGGGGUCUUCGCCCGGCUCGGCUUCCAGGCCGCCACGGACGAGGAGGGUUUGGGUUUCGCCGAGUGCGACGACUUGGAUUAUGACUACAGGCAAGGGAUGCAGAUGGAUGUCCUUCAGGGAGACGAGGAAGGGGGAGACAUGGAGGGAGAGGGGGAUAUGGAUGGAGACAGCCACUAUCAGAGGGACGGCACCGGCCCGAGGCCCUCGUCCCUGAAGACAGGAGGCUCCCUGGAUGAGGACAAACCCAAAAUCACGACAUGGGAAGCUGGCUGGAACGUCACCAAUGCCAUCCAGGGCAUGUUCGUCCUCGGCCUGCCGUACGCCAUCCUCCACGGCGGAUACCUCGGUCUCUUCCUCAUUAUCUUCGCGGCUGUGGUGUGCUGCUACACCGGAAAGAUCCUCAUCGCGUGUCUGUACGAGGAGAACGAGGACGGCAUAAAAGUGCGCGUGAGGGAGUCCUAUGUGGACAUCGCCAAUGCCUGCUGCGCGCCCCGUUUCCCCGCACUGGGCGGGCACGUGGUAAACGUGGCUCAGAUCAUCGAGCUAGUCAUGACCUGUAUCCUUUACGUCGUGGUCAGCGGCAACCUGAUGUACAACAGCUUCCCGGGGUUCCCAGUUUCCCAGAAAGCUUGGUCUGUGGUGGCCACGGCCGCGCUUCUGCCGUGCGCCUUCCUGAAGAGCCUCAAGGCAGUGUCCAAGUUCAGCUUCCUCUGCACCGUGGCUCACUUCGUCAUAAACAUCCUGGUGAUUGCCUACUGCCUGUCCAGGGCGCGCGAGUGGGCCUGGGAGAAGGUCAAGUUUUACAUCGAUGUGAAGAAGUUCCCCAUAUCAAUUGGCAUCAUCGUGUUCAGCUACACCUCCCAGAUCUUCCUGCCCUCUCUGGAGGGGAACAUGCAGAAGCCCAGUGAGUUCCACUGCAUGAUGGACUGGAGCCACAUCUCUGCAUGCGUCCUCAAGGGCCUCUUCGCCCUGGUGGCCUACUUGACGUGGGCUGACGCCACCAAAGAGGUCAUCACGGAUAACCUGCCGUCAACCAUCCGGGCUGUGGUGAACAUUUUCCUCGUCGCUAAGGCGCUAUUAUCUUACCCGCUGCCCUUCUUUGCUGCAGUUGAGGUUCUGGAGAAAUCUUUUUUCCAGGAUGGUGGGAGGGCCAUUUUCCCAGACUGCUACGGUCCCAAUGGGCAAUUAAAAUCAUGGGGUCUAGGCCUCCGAGUUAUCCUGGUGGUGUUCACCUUGCUUAUGGCCGUGUUUGUCCCCCAUUUCGCCCUCCUUAUGGGUUUAACUGGGAGUCUCACCGGCGCCGGCCUGUGCUUCCUCUUGCCAAGCCUCUUCCACCUGAAGCUCCAGUGGAGGAACCUCCUGUGGCACCACGUGUUCUUCGACGUUGCCAUUUUUGUUAUUGGGGGCAUUUGCGCCAUAUCUGGCUUCAUUCACUCAGUCGAGGGGCUCAUAGAGGCGUACACGUACGAUAUCCACGACUGA